GCUUUAAGAAACUCAUAUAAACACGUGAGAGAAGAUGACAAGAUCUAGAUCAAGAUCACCACGAUGGAAACCAAGGUCCUUAUCUCCGACAUUUAGGAGUCCAGAGCACCAUAGGCAAAGGCAUGCUCAUAUUAAUUAUGACUGUGAAUAUAAAAGCUUUCGUAAGGACCCAAAGAAACCUAUGCCUUGGAGAACAGAAGAUGAAAAAUACGGACAAAGCAAUUCCAGGUUUGCACCUCAUGGAAAUAACCACCAGAGAAUAUAUGAACGUAGAUCACCUUCACCAAACCUGAAAAGAAUUCCCAUGGAAGAUACUUACAGUCAUAAGCCCUAUAGAACACAUUCAUCUGAAAGAACUGAAAGCAAUAGGAGAUGCCAGUUACCACCAAAAUACUCGGAAAUACCAUAUAAAGAGCAUGAUCGUCCGUUUUACCAACACAAAAUGGAAGAAAGAUACAUGUUUGAGCACUACAAAGUCACUGGAAAUGAAAAAGGAAUGAAACCUUUUCAUAGACCGUUAGGGGCUUCAUGUAAACUUGAAAGAAAAUGGCAUGAAGAUGACUUGAGGCACCAGAGGUUACAUGAAGAGAAGUACGGUCAGUCACCCAGAAGAGUUUCUGAUGAAUUUACGGCAAGGAGCUCUUUACAGAAGAGGUAUCCUGAAGAUCACGAUUACAGAGAAUAUGGGCACACGUCUAAAAGGGCUAAAGAAAUGGAGAGGUAUGACGGUGGAGAAGUAGCAAGAAAUUCCAAGUGGAAGCAAGAACGUUCUUUUCCACCCUACCAAGAAAAGGAGGAGCAAAGAAAUCUGGGUGCCCAGUCCCACCGAUCGGCUGAAAGGGAGUACUCGGAGGGUUUUGUCACAAAGAUAGCCUAUGAGUACAGUCACAAACGACGCAGGCAUCCGGAUGGGGAAAAGGCUUUUUCAGAUGAUAGAGCUCAGAAGUAUGUGAAGCAGGAAGACCAGAAAUACGGUUCUUCUAAGGGUGCCCGGAACAGCAAAGAGUUAGAUUACUUUAGUGGUGGAAGAGCGAGAUGGACUGAAGAAGGACAUGUCGAAGUACCUGUUAAAUAUAGUUCAAAGAAGGGCUGCGAUGCUUGUAUUAACUCUUCCAAAAUGGAUGUUGAUCUGAGAUCUUUUAAAAACAAACCGAAGGAAAGAGUAAGGAAAGAAGGGGAAUUCAGGAAAAAAGUAGAUUCCUCCGAUAGCCAGCAUGAUUCAAGUCAUACUGUUUCAGAUGUGAAAAUGUCAGAUGUCAACUGUAGGAGGGAACGUCUCACAAUCAAAGUGGAUAUGAAGAAAAUGGUGACCAAGUACAGGAUUACUUCUAGUCAUACUACAGAGCGACAGAUGUCACAUGAUCUGGUUGCUGUUGGCAGGAAAAAUGAAAAUUUUCAUCCGGUGUUUGAGCACAUGGAAUCUGUAACACAAAAUGUUGAAAACGACCCAUCAAGAGAAUUUACUCAGGAAAUAAUCACAAUUAUCCAUCAAGUUAAAGCAAAUUAUUUUACAUCUUCUGACAUAACUCUGCAUGAACGGUUCUCAAAAAUUCAGGAUAAACCAGUUGCAAAUAUGAAUGAAGUUAAAAUACGUUUGGAUCCAGAAAUUCACAGGAGGAUUGACAUGUCUCUAGCAGAACUUCAGAACAAACGAACCAUGCCAUCUGAAUCUCCCCAGAACAUUAUAAGAGUGUUAGAAGAUCCAAAUGAUCUACGGCAUGAUAUAGAAAGGAGAAGAAAAGAGAGAUUGAAGAAUGAAGAUGAGAGAGUGUUUCAUGUAGAUGGUGUAACUCCAAGGAACCAGCAAAGCUGCAGUCUUUCAAAAUUACAAAACUCUCAAAUUGAUGGCUUCCAAAAGCCUAUGAGGUUCAUUAAGCCACCUUUCAGGAAAUUUAUUGGGAAACCUCACCUGAAUUCUUACUAUUCUUCAAAACCAAGUGACACUUACCCUCACAGACGCAUUAGAGGACACCUUGAAAAUGCAGGACCCAUCAGAAGACACUUUAAGGGAAAUUUAAAUACUGCAGCAGAAACCUGAACUGAGCUGUGAUCCUGAAGUUGAAACAGCUAACACAGCAAAGGGAGCAUCUGUUCAUUUUUUUCACAACUUUGUCAAGACUUAAAAUAGGAUAAAGGAACUAACCCUGUAACUUUCUUGAUUAAAAAUAACUUUAUUUUUCAGUAGUGGAAUGCUGCAGAACUUUUUUACAGUUUUAAUAAUUGCUUUUAAAGUACAGUAUUCCAUUGAAACAUUGUAGUAUGUACCUUUAGUUCCUUUUGCAUACCAGUCUCAAGUAAAGAAGUCAUUGAAGGGAGUCUUAUUUAUUGAAUACUUUUUCUUGAAGCAUGAUGUUACAGAUGGAACUUGAGUUGUUAUACCCAGAGGUUUGUAUGUUGAAAGUUUAUUGCUUAUGUAAUAAAAAAAAGGAAAAAAAAAGUGCCUGAAUUGUUUGGUAAUAGCACAUUAGCUCAGGAUUUUCCAAGUAAUGACCUUUUAGGUUGUGCAAUAGAUCUUACACCUCUGUUCAGUCAUUUCCGUAAAACAGUAUUUUGUAUUACUUUUAUUUUAGUUUGAUAAUAUACUUGGGUUUCUGAUGUGUAUAUACAUUUGUAAAUUGUUAGAAAGUUGGGACAACUUUCAGUAUUUGAUUAAAAUGAAUGGUAGCAGGCAGGUAUGUAAUGUACUGUAGCAGUAGCUUAUAACUGCACUGAAAGCAUGCUUGGGUUUGUUAGAGGAUUAGUUGGUCUGUAUUCAAAAUUAUUCUGUCUCAUUAUAUUUUGGUGUAUGACAUUCUUGACCGAGCCACAUGUUCUCUAAUCUUUUUCAUCAUAAAUGAUUUGGUGAUUUCCUGGAUUCUGAAAUUGGGGCCUGAAGUAUUUAAUUACAAGAAAAACAAAAAACGUAAGUUUUUAUAAGCAUGUCUUCUAACAAAGCUGUUCAUAAUUGAAACUGCUUUAAAUGCAGAUAGCUUGUAGUUUUGUUCAAAAUCCCAGUAAUUCCCUGAAGCUUACUGUACUGCAAUAUUGUUAUGCUGUGUGCAAAACUCAAAUAGCCAGACAUGUUUUAUAAGCAGCUCUAAACAAUAUUAUGCUUAUCUCCUGUUUAUAGCCUUUGCCUUAAUACGUAAUAUACGAUAGGGUUGUGUGUAUGUAUUACAGAUUUGUUCGGACUUUUUAUUGCCGGUAAAUUAAAGAUGCAUAGCAAGUAGUUUUCAGAGAUGUUCUUAUUUAAGAAAAAAGCUGUUCACCAUAUCCAUAAUAUAUGCAGGCUAUUGUACUUCCAUCAUUUCCAAGACAGCGUUAGCCAUAUAGAAUGCAGGCUGGUCUCUGUUGUGGAUAGUAGAUCAGAAUUCUAGUAUUGGGUAGAGGUGUGUUCAGAGAAAAGGAAAUCUGGUUUUUGGGUGGAAAGUCAGGAUGUGAUUUCUGCAUGCUUUUUUGUCAUGUUUUUUCCACAAUGCCUUCAGUAGAGAGACUAUUUGAAAGUGUAGGUAUGGCUCAGAACAGCUCAAAUAAUGUCACUAAAAAUCUUCAGUUCAUGGGGUGUACUGCUUAGUGUUCAUAGGGAAUAAGCAGGCAGGAAGUGUGCCACAUUCAUUCAUGUUAUGGUCGUUCAACAAUAACACCAGAUGAUUUGUUUCUAAACCCCAAGUUUUCAGUUUAAAUAACAACCAUUAAUGAUUCAUCUAGUUUUUCAGUAACUUUGAUGUGCAUACACAAAAUGGGAAGCGAAAGGAAGGGAAUUCCCUGGUCAAAUAGAGGCAGGCAACUUUCUGCAGAUAAGAAAAUGUUACUUACUUACACUGUCAGUGAUGAAUCUGGCAAAAUCAUCCUGUGUAGAUUUACUGGGAGAUGAAAAUAAGGAAUUGAAACAAUGGGUUAAGUGAGUCACCCUAAGCAAGUGUGGAGUAGCUGCAGUUGAGCAGCCUGCUGGCAGGGGAGUGCACCAUGUACCCUGCAGAUGAGGGCAGGUUUACCUUCUAGCCGACAAGCUAUUCACACUGCUCCUGAAUGUGCUAAAGCACUGUAAAACAUGUAAGAAGUGAAACCAUGUAUGAUAUAGGACAAACUACUGAAGCUAUAUUGUCUUAUUCAACAGGAUACUACUGUUUCUGUAAGCUUCCUGCAGUGUUGUUAUUAAAGCCUGGAAGAGAACUCGUUGUAGAUCAAAUGGGAAAAGUGGAUACAUGAAGAAACUUCUGACAUGGCAGUUUUGCUAACGCUGUUUGGAAGCAAUGCUGAAGUAAUCAGACUUCAGUCAGUUAAUGCUGCUUUAACCAGGUUUAAAAGUGUGACGGGCUCCUCUGAUUUUUGUGCUUUCAUGUUUUACCUGUGCAUGACUAGGUAUCUCCAAUUUGUUUUGUACUUUAACAGUUUAGCUUUGGUUUUUAUUUUUACAACUGUGAGCCACAUAUUACAAACAAGGGGGUUUUGGGCAUGUCUACUGACUUUGAUAUUUUUUUAUUUUUCCCCUUGCCCAUCCUUGAUCCCAAAACGAAUGUUGUAUGGUGAAAUGUAGUCAUUGUUUCAGUUGCUUUAGCUUUUAUUUAAGGUGAUACCAUUUGCUCAAAUCGCAUUCUUUACCGAUAACUUUACUUCAUUAAUUUGGGAUUCUGUCAUGAUAAAACUUCCUAUAUUUUAUAAAGUUCCUACAGAAAUCGAAUUCUGUGACGGGGUUAGGUGCUAGAGGCAUCUACUCUGUGGUGUUAUCUGGUGUGAGACAUUACUAUGUAUAUUUAUCUUUGAAUUACAGAGACUUGUGUCUAUAUACUCAUACACAAAUGAGCUUAUUUAUUCUUUUAGCACAGAAAAGUUCUGUUGUAUUGGAAUAUAAUGUUUGGCUGAGAACAAUGUAUUGAAGUUACUGAUUGGGUUGUGAAGGCACAAGAAAAGGUGUUAGGUGGAAGAAAGGUCAAUUUACUUGAAUAACUUGGUGCCUUUCUGUAUUGUGACUGCAUUGUAGAAAACACCUGUACAAAGACUUAAGUAAUAUCCUGAUUAUUGCAUUGUUUCUAAUGGGAGCGUGGACUGGUAACGGUUGUUAAAAUAACCACUUACUUUAAAUACGUGUGUAAAGCUCAGCCUCAGAAGGAAAACGGUGUCUGUUGUAUUAGUAAAGUCUGUCACUGCAUUUGCAUUGGAAGGGCAAGUUAAAAAUGUGAUUGUCUAAGAGCUUUCUAGCUUUCUGUUUUAUACUUUGAAAAUGUAAAUGUGAAUUGCCUUUCUUUUGGUUGACUUGAUAUGACUGUUAAAUGCUCAUGUCAUAUUCUCAGUUGUUCACAUAUGAAUUUUUUAAUUGCUAUCCAAAAUGCAAUGGGUUUAAUAUGACUAGAGUCUUCCUUAUUAAGUGUC